UGAAUUAGCAAUGAGAAGAGCAUUGUCAUCAUCUGUUAUAUAAGCCGUGGAAAAGGGAGACCCAAGCCGCUGUGACGUGCUGAAAAUGUCAGACUGAGACAGCUACAGGCUACUUAUCAAGGAGACAGGAUACACAGUGGACAGCUGGAUGUGUUGAGCAUAAAGUCCUCAAGAUGCGUUACUGUGGAAACUUCUCACUGAGCGAGCCCUGGGUGGACGAUGGCCUGUCUCCAUGUUUCAUAGACACCAUUACCUCAUCUGUCAUCGUCGGUUUCUUGCUAAUCUGUGGUACGAUCGAGAUUGCGCUCUACCAGAAGUACUCCACGUCUGUUGACAAGAAAUACCGGCCGCAGUCAUGCCUCUAUGUGCUGCAGCUGGCGUUAAGCUUUCUCAUGGUCGUGGAGGCCGUUGUCUACAUGGUGUUACAAGAUCUGGUGAUAGGAUCACACACGCUGGCAGGCUACGAGAUCUUCACCGCUGUUGGUAUGGCCUCCGCCUGGAUGUACUCUGUUGUCAUUGUUGGGAUUGAGCGGCGCAAUGCCCUGCCCAGUAUUCCUGCCCGGGGCCAUGGGCUUGUGCUGCUGGUAUUCUGGGUGCUGUGUUUUAUUCGCGAGAAUUUGGCCUUUGUCUCGUGGUGGAGUCACUCCUACUGGUGGUCACUUUCUGGGACGUCAGAUAAGGUGGCAUUUUCCUUCUGGGUGAUCCGCUAUGCCUUCACACUGUCUCUCUUCAUCUUGGGAUUCAAGGCCCCAGGUCUGCCUAAAGCUGGUUACAUCAUACUGGUCAAUGAUGUCGAACAGGGUCGCCAGUCUCAUUCAGAAGGGUCCACCUGGAAGAACGUGCUAACGAAGCUGAGGAUGAUGCUGCCGUAUAUCUGGCCUAAGGGGGAUUGCUGGCUUCAGUUUGUCGUCAUCUUCUGCCUACUGCUACUGGCCACUGGCAGAGUUGUUAACGUCUUUGUUCCUAUCUACUACAAGUAUAUUGUGAACAGUCUGACACCGUUGGUGCAGGCUGGCGUAUCAGGGGACAUAACCACUGCGGCACCUGCUGCUGUCCUGGAGUUCAGAUGGGAUCUGAUUCUUAUAUACUGCGGGCUCAAGUUUUUACAGGGGGGAGGAGCAGGCGGUACAGGUUUCCUGAACAAUGUGCGCUCCGUGCUGUGGAUCAGAGUUCAGCAGUACACCACCCGGAGAGUCCAGGUCAAACUCUUCACUCAUCUACACAGUUUAUCUCUACGCUGGCAUUUGUCCCGUAAAACAGGAGAGGUUCUGAGAGUGGUGGACAGAGGUACAAACAGCAUCAACAACCUCCUCAACUAUGUCCUCUUCAGUAUUUUACCCACUAUUGUUGACAUCAUCAUUGCUAUAGUCUAUUUCAUCACUGCCUUCAACUAUAUCUUCGGGAUUGUUGUGUUUGUAUGUAUGGUACUAUAUCUAGCUGUAACUGUUGGAGUGACUGAAUGGAGGACUAAGUACAGAAGAGAAAUGAAUCUCCGCGAUAAUGAAACCAACUCCAAGGCUGUAGACUCGCUACUGAACUUUGAAACCGUGAAAUAUUAUGGUGCUGCAGAAUUUGAAGUUGGCAGAUACAGUGAAGCUAUCCUGAAGUAUCAGGCUGCUGAGUGGAAGUCAACGGCCUCUCUGAAUCUGUUAAACACGGCUCAGAAUGUUGUUAUAACGGGGGGCCUGUUAGCAGGCUCCAUGCUGUGUGCCUGGGCGGUGGUCCACUCCCUGGGCGACCUCAAACUCAACGUGGGUGACUUCGUACUGUUCCUAACGUACAUGAUGCAGCUGUACACCCCACUCAACUGGCUAGGUACCUAUUACAGGAUGAUUCAGCAGGCAUUCAUAGACAUGGAGAACAUGUUUGACCUCCUGGAUCAAGAUCAAGAGGUCAAGGGACAUCCCCGACGCCAGCCUCUGGAUAUCAAACAUGGUGUGAUAGAGUUCAAUGAUGUUCACUUCCGUUAUGAACCAGAGAAAAAAGUUUUGAAGGGAGUGAACUUCAAGGUGAACUCGGGGGAAACCUUUGCCUUGGUUGGCCAUUCGGGCAGCGGUAAGAGCAUUAUUCGUCUGCUGUUUCGUUUCUACGAUGUUGAGAGUGGCUGCAUUAAGAUUGACGGACAGGAUAUCGCUCUUGUCAAACAGGAGUCCCUGCGUCAGUGUAUUGGUGUGGUACCACAGGAUACUGUUCUCUUCAAUGCUGAUAUCAAGUACAACAUCAGGUACGGCCGAGUCUCUGCUCCUGAAGAAGCCGUUGAAGACGCAGCCAGAGCCGCAGACAUUCAUCAAAGGAUCCUGGGAUUUCCGAACAAAUAUGACACACUUGUUGGAGAGCGAGGUUUAAAACUGAGUGGAGGAGAGAAGCAAAGGGUGGCCAUUGCACGGACUCUACUGAAGGCUCCUGCCAUAGUUCUACUGGAUGAGGCCACGUCUGCACUGGACACGAAGACAGAGCGGAACAUCCAGUCGUCCCUGGCUAAAGUCUGUGAGAAUCGCACCACCCUGAUCGUGGCACAUCGUCUCUCAACCAUCAUUCACGCUGAUCAGAUCCUGGUCAUGAGUGAGGGCGAUAUCGUGGAGAGAGGAACACAUGAAGACCUUCUCGAACGUGGAGGCUUGUAUGCAGAAAUGUGGCAACAACAGCAGACGAAAGGAGACGUGGAGGAGAAUGCUGGACAAGAAGACGGAGCAACAACAAAUGGAGCUGAGGCUGACGAAAGUGCAGACUCGUGAACAGUACAAAAACAAACAAUUUCUCAAUAGUCCAUAAAACAGGUACAAGCCCAUGGGAUGAUGUUUUACGGUUUGCGUGUCAGGAUGAUUCUUUUGUCAUUUUCUUCUUAGGCCACGCCAAUUAAAUUGUUGCUUUACCGGCAGAAAAGGGACUGUGUCUGUGGCCUAAUGGCUCAAGCAUGUGCCUCAUACUUAUGAGACCUAGCUGGGAUCAAACCUGGGUCGGGGCAUAUCAAGGACCUUAAAUAUGGCAUUUGUUACUGCCUCACUUGAGUAGAGUAAGGAAAUAGAACUGGUUGGUCCGGUGUCAGUAUAAUGUUACUGAGUGGGGUGUCAUUUCUGGUGUCCUCGGCAUGAGGAUUCAGUGGCAGAAGCACUUUGCCGGCAUGGACUGGCCGUGCCACCAGAAGACACAGCAUC